AUUGAAAGAUUUUUAGGUAUUGUGCAUGUGUGUGAAACUAGUGCUUUGUCUUUGAAAAAAGCAAUUGAUUCUGAAUUAUCCAAGCACGGAUUGAGGUUUUCUAGAUUACGAGGACAAGGUUAUGAUGGGGCUAGCAACAUGAGUGGUGAAUUCAAUGGUUUGACAAGUUUAAUCUUGAAGGAAAAUGAGUGUGCAUUUUAUGUUCAUUGUUUUGCUCACCAACUUCAAUUAACUCGUGUAGCCGUUGCAAAAAGUGAAGAUUGUGUUGCUUCUGUUUUUCAAAACAUAUGCUCUUUACUAAAUGUUGUUGGAGCUUCAUGCAAACAGUAUGAGAUGCUCAAAGGGAGUCAAGCUAUUAGAGUUGUUGAGGCAUUAAAUAAUGGCGAGAUUUGUAGUGGAAAAGGAUUACAUCAAGAGCGUAGCCUCAAACGUGCCGGUGAUACACGAAGGGGUUCUCAUUAUGAUAUUACAGAAGUUGGUUCUCUUGCUCAAAAAUUGGUGGAGACAAAGAAACAUAUUUUGUAUCCAUUAGUUUUUUUACUUGUGAAAUUAGCUUUGCUUUUAAUUACCGGUGGCCACCACAACUGUGGAAAGAGCUUUCUCAGCCAUGAAGUUCGUGAAGAACAGGUUGCGCAAUAGAAUGGGAGAUGAUAUGAUGAAUGAUGCCUUUGUUACUUUUAUUGAAAAAGAUAUAUUCAAAAGUGUUGACAAAGAAAAUAUUGUACAACGUUUUCAAAAUAUGAAAAACACGUCGUGGACAGUUGUGAAUUAGUACUUUAAUUUUACUAAUAACAAUAUUUGGUUUUUUGCUUUA